UGAUUUCAAAUCCUCUGCCUUGUUCUUCUCGCCUCGUUCCCAUCGGCCACAAUCCCUAUAAUAGACUCUUCCUUAUUUCCGUCAGAAAAAUGUCCAUCUCAAAAAACAAACCGUCCUCUUCGCUUUGUCUCCUUCAUUGACAAAUCCGGCGAUGCUGAAGGUCUCGUAUAAUGCUUCGGACCAGUUACAGAGCUUCCUCACGAGCUUCAGACCAUUGGGUCCUGCCAAAUCUCCGGUGAAUCUCCUCCGCCGACGAUACGGAGACGUUUCGUGUUCUCUGGCGAGACGGGCCCAUGCUCCGGUACGUGCUGUGGUGUCGGCAGAUCAGGGGAACCCGGUUCGGUCUGAACCGGGUACGGUUGCGAGUACCGGUACCGUUACCGGUACGUUGGCGGACCGGCUCCGGCUCCGUAGCUUGACGGAGGACGGGCUCUCGUACAAGGAGAAGUUCAUCGUGAGAUGCUACGAGGUUGGGAUUAACAAAACAGCGACUGUGGAGACAAUUGCCAAUCUCUUGCAGGAGGUGGGAUGCAACCACGCGCAAAGUGUUGGAUUUUCGACAGAUGGGUUCGCCACCACAACCACCAUGCGGAAAUUGCAUCUCAUAUGGGUGACUGCAAGAAUGCACAUUGAGAUUUACAAAUACCCCGCUUGGAGUGAUGUGAUUGAGAUAGAGACAUGGUGUCAGAGUGAAGGGAGGAUCGGAACAAGGCGUGAUUGGAUUCUUAAGGACUGUGCCACUGGUGAAGUCAUUGGCCGAGCUACAAGCAAGUGGGUGAUGAUGAACCAAGACACAAGACGGCUCCAGAAAGUCACCGAUGAGGUUAGGGAUGAGUACUUGGUGUUCUGUCCUCGGGAACUGAGAUUAGCGUUUCCGGAGGAUAACAACAGCAGCCUGCAGAAAAUCCCGAAACUGGAAGAUUCAGCUCAGUACUCCAAGCUCAGACUUAAGCCUAGACGAGCUGAUCUGGACAUGAACCAGCAUGUCAAUAAUGUCACCUACAUCGGAUGGGUUCUUGAGAGCAUACCUCAAGAAAUCAUCGACACGCACGAACUGGAGGUUAUAACUCUGGAUUACAGAAGGGAAUGCCAACAAGAUGACGUGGUGGAUUCAUUGACGGCUCCAGAAUUCCCCGAGGAGACGGUUUCAGAGCUCGGUGGAACCAACGGGACACCCCGAGGGCAUGAGGGAACACAGUUCCUGCAUCUGCUGAGGUUGUCUGGAGAUGGCCAGGAGAUUAACCGUGGCCGAACCCAGUGGAGGAAAAAGCCUUCAAGAUGAGCUACAAAAACCGAUUCUGAGGCUUUUACUUCCUGAGUGUUCUGAUUAGCUCUUCAGUUAAAGCUGGAGGAAGAAGGAUUAGUCUUUUUGUUGUUGUUGAAUCUUUGUGUUUUUUUUUGUACGUCUGAAUAUUUGGCCUUAAUUCCAAAACUAUUCUUCUAAUGAAAUUACUUUGAGAUUAUGGCGAUA